UUGUGUUGAGCAGACUAAAAAAGGUUAUGUUGUUAUUGUUCAGACUGCUUUUUUACAGAUUAUUGUGAUGGGUGGUCACGGGCAUGAGCCUCCGUAUAAAGUCCCCCACUAUUCUCAGUUUCAAAUAAAAGGAAUACCAGAGUUAGAAGAACUCGAGAAAGCAUUGGCUCAAAAAGGACUUAAAGACCCUUGGAUCAGGAACGAGGCGUGGAGGUAUCACCCUGGGUUUGGUACGAAAUGGGGCCGUGCUCGUAAUGUAUUCUUCAGAGGUUUUUCAAUUGGGCUGGCUUUGACAGUGCUCACUGUUGGCAUUGAAAAACUGGCAGGCAGCGGAGGACACGGCCAUGGUGCACACGGGGACGGGGAGCACUGAGGAAUAGUCAUUGUUACCUUUAAUAAUGUAAAAAAUUUAAAUAGCAUCCUAAUAUACAAAUUUAAUUUCAAAUAAAAACAUGUUUUAAUGAAUAAGAAACUCUAAAGUAUUAUUUCAGAAUAAUACAUGAAAGGAGAAUAUAUAUUUUUUUUUACCCCAGUAUGUGCUACAUUUACAGUCACCCAUAGGAAGCGAAUGAUAGUUUCCCACUGUAGGCAAAUGAGAAUAAAAACACUAAAGUGGGGGUAAUGACUUUAUUACAAUUUGCCUCUAGAGACAAUCUGCAAAGGGGCCAUGGGGAAUAAAAAUUAAGUUUUUUUUUAUUCCUAUUUGCCUUCAGUGGAAAAUCCUAUGGGUGUGACUGGG